AUGGAAUGCGACAUCUGCCACCGGCCGCAUGACGCCCAGCGCCGGCCGUUCUUGUGCGCCGUAGAUGCCCGGAAUAGGAUCUACGACGGCCGCAUGAAGAACCUGCAGCUUAUGAUCGAUAACGACACGCUCAAGGCGCAAAUUAACGAGCUUCUGGCCGAUACCAGGCCAAGCAAGCACACCUGGGACGAAGCCAUCGCACGCAAGGAGGCCGCAGAGCAAAAGACUGACCAGAUCCUCGCUGCCGCGGAACAGCUUCGCGGUGACAUCAAGGCCGCCAGGGACGAGAUCCAGGCCAGAAAGGCAGCGCUUGCUCGGCGGAAGUCUGAUCUCGCCUCCGUCUCGGCCGGUCUAGCGGAACGGAGGGCUAAGCAGCUUAAGGAAGUUGAGAAGUCGAUUCAUGUGCUCAAAUUUCGAUGGUCUCAAACCGCCGAAGAUACGGCUUCAACUCGCACUUUCUUAUGUGGAGAAGCUGUUCGGCUCUACGGUCUACGAAGAGUUGCGAAGAAAGGCGUCACAGGGCGCUACGAAUAUAGUCUCGGCAGGGUUCCCAUUGUCGAUCUAACCAGUAUGGACUCCCUUUCGCCCGAAGUCAUCUCGACCUCUCUCUCCCACAUCGCCCAUGUCCUCAUGCUGGUCUCCCAUUACCUUUCCAUCCGCCUCCCUGCCGAGAUCACCCUCCCUCACCGCGACUACCCCCGACCAACCAUGUUCACCAUCCAGAAUUCCUAUCGCCACGGCGAUGUUUCCUUCCCCGGCAGCCUCGUAACUGCUCCCCUUUCUGAUACCCCCUUUGCCAAUUCCCAUGUCCCUCGACCUCGCCCCCUCUUUGUGGAUAAACCACUACCGCAGCUCUGCAAAGAAGACCCCGCUGCCUAUUCCCUUUUCCUCGAAGGCGCCACGUUGCUGGCUUAUGAUGUUGCCUGGCUUUGCUGUUCUCAAGGCGUGUCCGUUGGUGAUAGGACUUCAUUUGAGGACAUUUGCAACAUGGGCCGGAAUUUGUAUAAUCUUUUGAUGAACAACCAAUUCUCAGGCCAGAAUGCCGACGAAAAGCAAAGCUGGAUCGGCCGUUUUGCUCAUGGCACGACCUUUUACAGCCUUGGCGACGACGAAGGAACUGAGUUUAUCAAGUCCUUCAAGCUCCCCAACCCCUUGAAACUCGCUGAUAAGCUGAAGAAGAAGCUUCUCGGAGACGCGCCCGCGCCUGAUUGGGAGGUCCUUGGCGAUGACGAAUGGAAGGACGAAGGCUUGGCUGGAAACGGGGCGUUUGAUCCAAAGGGAUUGGGAAGCAAGAAUGGCGGUCUUUCUGAUGUGAAAGAGUCGCCUCGGACUAGCAACUCGAAUGGGUGGAUGAAGGUGAAGAGUAGAUGA